AUGCCGAUCUCGAUAGAAUGUUACACACACUUACUACGACUACUGAAACACCAACAACUACAACCACUACGCCAGCAACAACAACCACUACGCCAACAACCACUACGACUACGCCAACAACAACCACCACUACGCCAACAACCACUACGACCACGCCAACAACCACUACGACCACGCCCACAACAACAACCACUACACCAACAACAACCACAACUACGCCUACAACAACUACGACCACGCCAACAACCACUACGACCACGCCAACAACAACCACCACUACGCCAACAACAACUACGACCACGCCAACAACCACUACGACUACGCCAACAACAACCACAACUACGCCAACAACAACUACGACCACGCCAACAACAACCACCACUACGCCAACAACAACUACGACUACGCCAACAACCACUACGACGCCAACAACCACUACGACCACGCCAACAACCACUACGACGCCAACAACCACUACGACCACGCCAACAACCACUACGACCACGCCAACAACAACCACCACUACGCCAACAACCACUACGACUACGCCAACAACCACUACGACCACGCCAACAACAACCACCACUACGCCCACAACAACCGCCACUACGCCAACAACCACUACGACCACGCCCACAACAACUACGACUACGCCAACAACAACAACCACAACGCCAACAACAACCACCACUACGCCAACAACCACCACCACGACGCCAACAACAACCACCACUACGCCAACAACCACCACGACCACGCCAACAACAACCACUACUACGCCAACAACCACCACCACUUCGCCCACAACAACCACCACUACGCCCACAACAACUACCACUACGCCAACAACACAACGACUACGCCAACAACCACCACAACGCCAACAACAACCCACACUACGCCAACAACAACCGAGACCACGCCAACAACAACCACGACCAUGCCAACAACAACCACAACCACUCCAACAACAACCACAACCACUCCAACAACCAACCACGCCACGCCAACAACCACCACGACCAUGCCAACAAAAACUACAACCACAACCACGUCAACAACAGCCCCCCACUACGCCAACAACCACCACGACCACGCCAACAACAACCACUACUACGCCAACAACCACCACCACUACGCCCACAACAACCACCACUACGCCCACAACAACUACCACUACGCCAACAACAACAACGACUACGCCAACAACCACCACAACGCCAACAACAACCACCACUACGCCAACAACAACCGAGACCACGCCAACAACAACCACGACCACGCCAACAACAACCACAACCACUCCAACAACAACCACAACCACUCCAACAACCACCACGACCACGCCAACAACCACCACGACCAUGCCAACAACAACUACAACCACAACCACGUCAACAACAGCCACCACUACGCCAACAACCACCACCACUACGCCAACAACAACCACUACUACGCCAACAACAACCACGACUACGCCAACUACAACUACAACCACAACCACGCCAACAACAACCACGACUACGCCAACUACAACCACAACCACUCCAACAACAACCACGGCUACGCCAACUACAACCACAACCACUCCAACAACAACCACGACUACGCCAAUUACAACUACAACCACAACCACGCCAACAACAACCACGACUACGCCAACUACAACCACAACCACUCCAACAACCGCCACAACCACACCAACUACAACCACGACCAUGUCAACAACAACCACGACUACGCCCACAACAACUACGAUUACGCCAACAACAACCACCACUACGCCAACUACAACCACAACCACUCCAACAACCACCACAACCACGCCAACUACAACCACGACCACACCAACUACAACCAAGACCACGUCAACAACAAUCACCACUACGCCAACAACAACCACGACUACGCCAACAACAACAACCACUACGCCAACAACAACCAUGA